ACAACUUGACAGUUGUUGUAAACAGAUCGGUUGACUCAAAAGCAAAGAAAAUAUUACUGCUAAUCAGUAUGAUAAUUUGUUUUAUAUUUUAGCAACCGCGUAAGUUUGGAUAGAAUAUUACCGAUUAAGGGAUUCACCACCGCUCGGAACAAUGUUUUGCUGUUUGAAGAACUGCUUGAACGGAGUUCUUCCGCCCCAGACGGUGCAGAUCCGACGGGAGCAUGAUCCGAUUCAACUCGAUACGUCACAUAUGGGGCAUGAGGUGGUAGUGAUUAAAGGAGGCCAAAGAGCAUGUGGAUCCGGCGGCGUUAUAGCCAAUACUCCUCUACUGCAGUCCAAGUCCUACUUUGAAGUGAAACUACAACAAGGUGGUCAGUGGUCCGUGGGGCUUGCCACUCAACAAGCAGACCUAAACGAAUCGAAGGGAGGCUUCGACAAAGACACAUGGUGUCUCACCUCGGAAAAUGUCGUAUAUCAUAACGCUAAGCCCCUGCAUAAACUAGAACCGAACGUGGACAUUAAGAAUUCUAUUGUAGCUAACACUGAAGCGCUAACAAAGCUCGACACAACCAUGACUUCUGCGCUGGUGAACAAUACUGGCAUUCCCCAGGAGGGGGACACCAUCGGAGUUGCGUAUGAUCACGUUGAACUUAAUUUCUAUUUAAAUGGUACAAACCUAAAUGUUCCGGUGCUGAACGUCCGCGGAACGGUUUUCCCCUGCCUCUUCGUGGACGAUGGUGCGAUCCUCGAUAUUGUGUUGGAUAAGUUCAGCUUUAGCCCACCGCCAGGGUUCGAACGAAUUCUCAUCGAGCAGUCGCUGCUCUGAUGUGUGACUAUUUUAUCUAAAUGAGUGCCUCUAACAAAAGGCUCAUCUUUUAGGUCCAACUUAACAAUAACUAUAUUAUAGAUAGCACUCUUUAAUCGUUAUAUUUAUUGUAAUGUCAACUCUUUCGCAAGUUUCGCAACAUGAUUUUUAAUUUCGCAUUUAUCAAUUUAAUUUAAUAAAAGAUAAACCUUCUUAGCUCCUAGACACUAGAAACCUCUAGAAACAUAUUUUUUAUGUGUUAAUUUCUACAAGUAUCAUUUUCAAAGAGUAUCUUCCAAAUGAACAUUAUCCAUUCCAUUUUUACCAAUUGAUUGAAGACAAUCUUGUCCCAUUCACUAACGAAAGGUUACACAUUUUCAAGCACUUAGAGCCCCAACAUAAUAAUAGAAAAAUAUAUAUUUUGCUAUCGCGGAAUAUUAACAAUUUAUUAAAAAUAAAUAUUUGUCCACUGGAAUGUUAUUUUAUUUUAUGAAGCGCCAUAGAAGUAAAAAUCUGCUCUACAUAUGAUAAUAAGCAUCAAAGUCUUUCGAUAUCAUUUGCAGAUCAAAAUCGUUAACUUUGUACUGAUUGUGAAUAAAACUAUUUAUAUUGGA